AUGCGGGCCUCUAUCUUCCUUGCUACCCUCGGAGUCGUUUGUGCAACGCCAGCGACAGUUCUGAAGUGUGAGGCUAUCCCAGACUAUGCUCUCACCUAUGCGCCGUACACAAUCCUCUACUCGGGGGAGGGCUGGUGGCCGUCCGAUAUAACGACGCAUCUCGCGCAUGUUACUCCGAAGGCAAGCCCCCUCCCUAUCUGUGUUGAUUCUGUCGCUGUCGCCGACUCCGUCACGCUCGCUACUCUGAACAGCAUCACGGCCGAUGCAUUCCUGACGUCAAACGACAAUGUUGAAGACGAUCCUGCCUGGCUGACUUCGACGGACAACAAGCCUGAUGGAACUGGUCUCUCCAGGGCACCCGCAACGAUCAUCGUUGCAGAUAAGGGCGACUUCGUCGACGUCUUCUACUUCUACUUCUACUCGUACAACCAUGGGAUCACCGUCCUCGGGACCCGCCUUGGGAACCACGUCGGCGACUGGGAGCACUCGAUGGUGCGCUUCGUGAACGGCGCGCCGACGCAUGUGUACCUCUCUGCGCACAGCGGCGGGUACGCGUAUACGUAUGACGCGGUCGAGAAGCGAGGCGUGCGCCCUGUCGUAUACGUCGCGGAUGGCUCGCACGCGAACUAUGCGACGGCGGGGACGCAGAAGUACACGAUCGCUGGGAGCCUCAUCGAAGACCAUACUGAUCAAGGUCCGUUCUGGGAUGUGGCACUGAAUUAUCGUGGAUAUUGGUACAAUUCGGGGACGUACACCGCCGCUGGCGGAGCUGGAGCUGGCGGCGCAGAGCAGGCGAAUGAGGUUGUUGAUUGGCUGUACUGGGGAGGUCACUGGGGCGACGCACAAUUGCCUGACGAUGACCCACGCCAAAACUGCAUCUUCGACAUCGAGUGCCACUAUGUCGACGGUCCCACUGGUCCGAACAGCAAGAACCUCGGACGUACGGCAGUUUGCCAGGACGAGGAUGACUGCGAUAUCAAGGACUCAAUAUGA